GGCGCGUGAGAGAGAGAGAGUGGGAACUGGGAACAGAGCAGCUGCAAAAGCGACGACGACCAUGCGACCAUGGAACCAAGGCUGGCCGCGCAGGACAGAUUGGACAGUACGUGGAGCAGAAUGACAAGGUUGUGGGUGGGCAAGCCGGCGAGAUUCACUGAGAGGUCCACGUCCCAGAACGGAUAAAGCUCGGUCAAGGCAGAGGACGAGAGGAAGGUCCCAUCUCGCUUUCUCUCCAUGCCACAGCCCUUAUUUGCGUGCGCACGGAUCCAGAGAAGGAGAGAGAGAGAGAGAUUGAAGCUCUUGCUGCUCUUUUUAAUGGCGGAGGCCUGGAUUCGGGUCUUUUUAAAAAGGAGAGUUCUCUGGUGGAAAGAGAUCGCUUGGCUGAAACAGGAAUAAAGGAAAGCAGGGGCACCCUGUCGUGAUUAAGGACAUGGUGUUAAAGGUUUCUGGAUCGUCGUCCCGGGGCAAGGAUUCGCGCCGCCUCCGCAGCCGCCACUACUUCGACGACGAGGAGAUGAUCCCCGUAGCACGGGGCCACCACCUCCGCGGUGUCCUGCAGGCAGCCUGUUCGAGCUCGACGCCGGCGUGGGACGUGAGUUAUGAGGAGGCGAGGAGCAGCGCCAGGUGGACCGGCGGCGUCGACGCGGUGGCGGCGGCGCUGGAGGACGUGGUGCUGGAGGACGAAGGGCGGCCCAAGGAGUGGGUGGCGCAGGUCGAGCCGGGGGUGCACAUAACCUUCGUGUCGCUCCCCGGCGGCGCCGGCAAUGAUCUCAGGCGCAUCCGAUUCAGCCGGGAGAUGUUCAACAAAUGGCAAGCGCAGCGGUGGUGGGGAGAGAACUACGACCGGAUCAUGGAGCUCUACAACGUCCAGAGAUUCAACUGCCAAGCUCUGUCUCCGCCUCCAAGAUCCGACGACGACGGCGGCGAGAGAGAGUCCUUCUAUUCGAAGGUGGGUUCGACGCGAGAAAGCCCCGCCGCCACCAGAUGCUCCAACCGGCCGCCGCCGCCGCCGCCGAUGAAAGGCGUCUGCUACCCCUUCGUGCCGGAUCCAUCCGAGCAAUUCUUCCCACCCCACCUCCACUACGGUGCCGGAUCCAUGGACGCGUCGAGGACGACCACCUCGUCCAGGGACGAAGCCUCCAUUUCCAUCAGCAACGCCAGCGAUCUGGAGACAACCGAGUGGGUGGAAGAAGACGAACCGGGCGUGUUUAUCACCAUCCGCGAGCUCGCUGACGGCACUCGAGACCUCCGGCGAGUCCGAUUCAGCCGCGAGAAAUUCGGGGAGGUGCACGCCAAGCUGUGGUGGGAGGAGAACAGAGAAAGAAUCCAGACACAGUAUCUAUAGAACUGGGUGAGUCUUGUCCGACUUCAAUAUCAGAAACAAUUUCAGAAAAAAAAAGAUAGGGGAAAAUAUGUUCGAUCUGAGCUACCAUUCAAAUCAUCCGAUUCUUGUUGUUUCUAAAACAUGCUUCAUGAUCUCUCAUAUGCUAUAACUCAACUAAGAACACUAAGAAAGCCAAACCAAUCCAUUGCAAGAAA